AUGCUUACAGAUCCCAACAAGGCAGUUUACAUACACGAGAGAGGAAGGAAUAGAGCCAGAACUGCAGAUCACAGCAAAGCCAGCAGUCUACUUGUCCCCUUCGCCCUCGUUUUGUUCGUGGCUCAUGCUUCGAUCACAACCGUGACGGUCGACGAGGAGGACACAUGGAGGCCGUCUAGGCGAUCACAGAGCAGCUGCCAAGAGCAGAUAAGGGAGCAAGACCAUCUCAAGGACACCCAGAAAUACAUGGAGGAAGAGUGCGGUUGUAGCAGCAGCAGCAGGGGCAAUAGACAAUGCAGCAGGCACCUCGACUCCUGUUGCUGGCAGCUAGGGAAGCUGGAUAACCAAUGCCGAUACCCCGGCCUAAAACAUGCGGCCAUGCAACAGAUGAAAGGACAGAUGGGAAGAGAAGAGAUGCAAGAGCUGUAUGAGGCUGCUGAGAAAAUCAUGUCUAAAUGUGAUAUGCAGCCUAGGAGUGGCAUUGGUUUAGGCGAAACGCUUGACAUGUAG